AAACAAGUGUUGAAAGCAAUGUCUGAACAUCUUCAAUCGAACGUCUAUGGACACAACGUCAACAUUGUUCAAGAGUACCGACCACUUAACAUGAUGUUCUUCGUCACGAGGGGAAAGGUAAUAAAUGAUGAGACCGGUCGUGCAGGAAACUUUUUUGGAGAAGAACUUGUUGAGUGGGUACUGGAUAAGUCUUUUCCUGAGAUACUACCCUUGUCGACCUGUACUGCUAAAGUAGUCUCAAACGAUGCUGAAUUCCUCGUUCUAACGGCAGAAGUCUUGAAGAGUUUAGCCUCUGAUAACUUCGUGUCACAUUUCAGCAAGAUUGCCUCUCCGUUAGAUCUUUUUACUUUUGUUCGGUUGACUAGGCUAAAGAAAGUGGAAAUAUUUCGAGAAAUGGACAAUCAAGUGUUAGAAGCAAUCUCUGAGCGUCUAUACACCGUGACCUACCCUUUUGCAAACACCCAUAUCAUUCCAGAGAAAGAACAACUUAAAAUGAUGUUCUUCGUUGUGCGCGGAGAAGUAACCAUUAAAAGCGAUAGCACUAUUGAAGGGCCAAAAACCUGUCAAAUGGGAGGUUUCUAUGGAGAAGAACUUGCAUAUUGGGUCACAACUUGGGUAUCACAUAGCUCCUUUCCUGCCAAACUACCUCUGCCAACUGGUUCUGCGCUAAGCGGGCCCCGUGGUACUGUUGAAAUCCUUGCUCUCAGUGCCGACGACUUGAAGAGUGUACUCUCAAAAUUCAGAUCGAAUUUCACCAGGGAGAGCACCCUCCUUACAUAUUCUCAGUCGGAGCCUUUGACUCGGGACCCAUUGACUAUACUUAAGAAUGUGGAAAGACUUAAAACUAUGGAUGAGAAAGUGUUGAAAGAAAUAUGCGAGCAUCUUAGGCCCAGAAAGUACGAAGAUGAGGACAUUAUUCAACUGAAUAAACCAAUGGAAAUGAUGUUCUUCAUCGUGAAGGGAGUUAUUGAGGUGACAAAUGAGUACUGGAAACAUUACCGCAAUGAAGCAGAACGUUCAAAUCACAGUGGAGACAACCUUAUAGAAUAUUGGGCGAGGUCUAAAUAUACCGACUUUUCUGCCGAGUUGCCCUUAUCUCUUUUUAAUUUUCGGGCCAUCGGUGAAGUUGAAGUUUUGGUUCUUAUGGCCAACGACUUGGCUAAGGUUCAGCCUCGUCGAAGUGCAACUAUAAUCGAUUGUUCAAUUAUUCAAGUUUCUUAGCAAUUUUGUUAUGGGCUUUGUAACUCUUAGAAUGUCAUGUGCUCUCUGUACAUGAAAUCCUUCUCUGUUAAACGCACCGCAUGUCUCCUUUCGGUUUAAGAACUUUGCCCCUGG